AUGUGCCCAUCAGUAGAUUUGGUAAGAAAAAUUUUUUUUUAUAAAAAAUCAAAUAUUCGAAGAAAAAAACUUGUUGUUAUUGUUUUUUUUAAAGAACCUGCUCAUCAUUUAUUUGUAACGGGUCUUUUACCACAUGAACAGUAUUCAUCAGUAUUAAAUAUUGCCUUAAAUCGUACAAAUGAUAGUGAAAUAAUUGUUAAAUCAAAAGAAUGUCUUAUAUUUCAUGUUGGUUUUCGUCGUUUUUCAAGUUCACCGAUUUAUUCUCAACAUUCAAAUUGA